AUGUCCUCACGAACACCCAUGACACCGAUCAUCACGCCCUUCCGAUGGCUUACGCUCCUAUCCCUGCCUGCCUACGCAGCAGCGCAGUACGGCUACUAUGACGGAGGCGGCACAUCAGGCCGGGCAAUCGCGGGAAUAGUGGUCGCGAUCUGUUUCGCGAUCUUGUUCUUCAUCUUCGUCAGCCUCUUCUUCCGCCGCCGCAGACGGGGAGUGCCUAUGCUGCCAUGGCAGGGCAACACCGUCCCCCUCGGCACGCACUAUCCCAACCCGAACCAGAGUGCGUAUCCCGCGAUGAACCACCAGUCCUCCUGGGGACCUGGUGCGGGAGCGUACCAGCCUCCGCCGGGUCCGCCGCCGCAGGCUGAGUUCAUGCCGCCUCCGCCUUACGUUGGAAAGCCGCCCGCGUACGAGGGAGAAGAAAACAGCGGUUAUGGGACCCCCCACUCUCCGACGCAACAACCCCCAGAGGCGCCGCAGCCUGGCGGGUUCGUCGUGCCUCAGAGUCCCCAUAGCCCUGCCGCCGCGCAUGUGAACAGCAGCCCUCAUUCGCCGUGGUUCAGAUCCUCGUAAAUUGUUUUCGUCGCGCUGUGUAUCCAGAUGGAUCUGACCUGUGUAUUGUACGUGCUACUAUUCCCCUGCUAUAGCUGUGUAGCUUUACUGUAUAGACCAUAUAAUGGGCGAUAAUCUCG